AUGAAUGAGCUAGAAACAGCUAGUCAAAAUGAUUUUAACCUUUUCUGGAAAACUCUAAAGAACUUGACAGACGACCUUAAUACUGAAACUAAUUCUGAAAACGCACCAAAAAAUCAUGAAUGGUACUCACAUUUUGAACAACUACAUUGUGAUCACCAUCUUAGUGAAGAACAAGAAAUAAUUAUCGGAAAAUUGAAACAAAAGGAAAAUUCGAAAAAUCUCAAUGAGCUUGAUACGGAAAUAACAAUUCAAGAAAUAAUAAAAACAGCUAAGAAAAUAAAAUCUAAAAAAGCUGCACACUCAGAUAAAAUCAACAACGAAAUGAUAAAAUAUAUUGUUGAUAUCCUUGCCAAUGGUUCUAUAAAAGUAUUCAACACAAUAAUGAAAUCGGGAAAGUUCCCAACUUUAUGGUGUGAAGGACUUAUCUCACCAAUUUUUAAAUCAGGGAACAAAUUAGACCCAAGUAAUUACCGAGGAAUAUGCGUAUCAUGCUCGUUAGGAAAGUUCUUCUGCUCUGUCCUCUGA